CCGCGCCAGGGUAAUGGCCCGGGCCGCCUGCGCUCUGGCAGCCGGCCCUGCGGCGGGGGAGUGGGGCUGAGCCCGUGCGCCCGGCGCGGCGGCGGGAGCGGCGGGCAGCGCGUCCCCCCGGGCGGCCCCUCCCAGGAGAGCGGCGGGGGCCCUGGCAGCAGCCGCAAGCGGACAUGCACUGUGAGCUCGCCGCGGGUCAGAAAGGCAGCGCCCGCGUCGAGGUGAGCGACAAAUGCCCGGGAGCGUCUCAGAAGGAUCUGCCGCGGGUGGCUCGUCCCGGCGCUGGUAAAGCUCACUUGAGUCCUCAGAUGUCCUUUAAAGUGUCUGUCAGUAACGGCAGUGACCACACGGAGCCUCAGCAGAGCCCCCCUGAAAUGUCAGCACCUCUGCUAGAUUUCAUCCCCAAACGACCCAGCAUAUUUGAGAGGAUUCCGAUUCUGCCCAGGGCGCAGGAGCUGCGAUGCGCUAGAGGCUCGAAAGAUUAUUUCCAGCAGCAGAAACAUCAAAGCGUGAAGGUGAACGGUGGCUACAGUCACUGCAGUCUGAUCUCUGAGAAGAAGAACAUGAUGGACAUGGAGAUGACGAGUAGCUCGGUGCCUGUGUGCAGGCAGGGUCUGUUCCUGCACACGGGGAACGCCCUGGUGCGAGACCACGCGCUGUCCCGGGACAGGCUGCUGCACGUGGGCCAGCUCAACCUGGCGCACUCGGAUCUCAGGUCACCCAGGUUUCAAGACUCAGUAGAUUCUGCUGCUCCAUGCCUGAAUGGAAGUCACCCGGCUCAGCACAUUAAACAAGAAUGCCCCAGUGAUUAUAAGGUUCUGUCUGAGGCUUCCACACAUAGGAGGAUUACAGAGGGGAUGGAGCUGAGAGCCUCCAGUAGUCUGCAUCCUGAACUAGACCUAAUGAAUAAUAGCUUUACAAAUUCAAUUUCAACCUACUUGUUUAAUAAUGAACACAGCUCCUCCCUGGGUCCUUUGUCACUUGGCACCCCUCAGCACUCGGCCAGGCUACAAACAAGCAACCUGAAGAAGAGAUGCAUCUCUGUUGUGCCGUCUUCAGCCGAAGGAAUCGAUAUUACAGCGAUCAUCCGCACGUCGCAGACGUCACUGGUCACCUGUGUGAAUGGACUGCGAGCUAACUCAGCUGGCAUUUCCUCUCAUCCUGUGGAGAUCAGUCAUCACAGCGCUCAAAAAUCCUUGCAGCCCCAGUCUUGCUCUCAGCCUGGAAACCCUUGCAGUAUUCCCUCCCCUCCAGCAUGUCUUGUACCUCUUUCCACUGAAUGUGACAGAGGUGACUGUGAGCAGAUACAAAUGCAGCAAGUCGAGGAGAAUGGCAGCCUCAGCCUUAUGAUGAAUGGCACAAGCCUUCCUCACCAGAACUCCUCGCACGGCACCCAGAAGGUGAGUUUCUUAAAACAAGAACCGGCUGACGAUUAUUCCUCCACUGCUGAUCUUUUCCGCCAUCACCAGGGGCUGCCUCCCCCUUACCACCUCCACCAGCAGCUCGGCCAGACCCCAGGGACGUUGCCUCACCUCAACACCUCCAUGUCUCCCAAGUCCCUGCAGCCCAGUGACGGCGAUGAGCAGGACCUCAGCAGUGGCAAGCAGGUCUGUCAGUGGAUUGACUGCAGUGCCACUUACGACCAACAAGACGAACUGGUCAGACACAUAGAAAAGACUCACAUUGACCAGAGGAAAGGAGAGGACUUCACUUGCUUCUGGGCAGGCUGUGUCCGCCGCUAUAAACCCUUCAAUGCUCGUUACAAACUGCUGAUUCAUAUGAGGGUUCACUCUGGAGAAAAACCAAACAAGUGCAUGUUUGAAGGGUGCAACAAGGCAUUUUCUAGGCUUGAGAACCUCAAGAUUCACCUCCGGAGUCAUACUGGGGAGAAGCCAUACCUGUGUCAGCAUCCUGGCUGCCAGAAAGCUUUCAGCAACUCCAGUGACCGCGCGAAGCACCAGCGGACACACCUGGACACCAAGCCCUACGCCUGCCAGAUUCCCGGCUGCUCCAAGCGCUACACCGACCCCAGCUCCCUGCGCAAGCACGUCAAGGCUCACUCGGCCAAAGAGCAGCAGGUGCGUAAGAAGCUAAAGUCCUGUACUGAUAUUGAGCAAGAUGUACUCAGUGAAUGCUUAGCUAUCCAGCAGCUCCACACAUCUUCACAGCACAUCCUGGAUGGGAAGUGUGGCAGAUCUGUAGGUCCUCAUGAUUUAAUUACAGGCAUGUACAGUGGAUCCAGCAGCAGCCACAACGGCCCCUCCCCAGCUGUGCUGCCACCCCCUCAUGACAUUCCUUCAAGGCACCUUCCCCUGGACUCCGCCCUGCCCAGCCCACAUCACCACCAGUCGCCGAUGGAGAGUGCCAGGGACGGGCUUGCUCCCAACAUAAUCUCUCCGCUUGUCAGCCCCCUGAAAGCUUUAGUUCCACCUUCCCUCUUGCAGAAACACGGCUCUCCAUCAUCCCACAGCCAGUCACCCAACGGGCAGCAGUUUUCUGGGAUACCAAAUACACCGUACACCCCAUUUCCCAACCAGUCUGUACAGCAGGGAUCUCAAGGUUACCAAGGCAGCUUUCACUCCAUACAAAACUGUUUCCACUACGGAGAUUGCUACAGAACAAUGGACCAGUCUGUCAGCAGUGAUGUGCUCACAGGGGAAUCCCAUUGCUUCAAUCCUCUGAGGCAGAAUGGCUAUCACAUACUCAAUGCACCUUUAGCUUCAACAGGCUAUGAGGGGAUCUCUGAAGCCCAGUGUGUAUCUGAAGACAUGGUCUCCAAUGGAACGGAUGAAAAUGGGUUCUUCCAGAACAGUGCCUUUGACCACUGCUUGAAUCACAUUCCUUCCAUCUACACAGAUACCUAAGAGCAGUGCUGGCCUCGUUUCCUUUCUUAUACCUAUAACUGCGUAUGUAAUAACAAAGGUGUUGUUCAAGUACUUUUAUUUAGUCUGUAUCCCUAUAUGUGCUCAUUUAAAUGAACACCUCACAUUUACCAAACCAUUUUAUACAUGAAUAGUCUGUAUAAGAUAAUAUUGGAACCUGUUCCUUUGCUGUGGCACUUUGAAA